GGACGACCAGGAGCGGCUUCUGAUCUCGCAUCGAGCUUCUGUCUCUCCCGCCCUCUGUGACCGCCCAAGCCCGAGCCCAAGAGCCCAAGCCCAGGCCUCACCAGCACAAGUCCGAUCGUCAUGAGCCGCGGAACCCAAGCCCUUCUCCUGGUCGCUGUCCUUGCGACCGCCUUUGCGACCAAUCCAGAAGAGGAGAGCUUCAGAAAGUACAUUGAGAAGUCCAUGAAGCGCGCAGGAUCGUCGUGGUUCGAGCGCAAGGUCGUCUCGACCGUCUCGACCCUGGCUUACAAGCGAGUCGACUACAAGUUCUUCUCGGUCAUCACGAUCCCUGAAGACGGCCUCCACUACGUUGGUCUGUUUGGCCUCUGGCUCCCUCUGCCCACCCUUCAGGCCCUCAAGAAGGAGAUCGACGACAGCCGACGACACUGAGCCUGAGCGGCUGCGUAGCAACUGGAUCCAACUGCGGCCCUCUGUAUCUGUUCUGUCCGUGGUCGAAACGCUCUGCCGCCAUGCGAACCUCGCCUCCCUGAUUUUGUGCCUCCCAUGGCACAGCUUUCUCCGACUUGGUCAAUACAGCAGUUUCCUUGAACUGUCGAUCCCGAUUCCGCG